AUGUCGGCCAAGAUAGUCACCCUCGAUGAGCUGCGCCAGCACACCACCAAGGCGAGCAUGUGGGUUCUCAUUGACGGGAAGGUGUACGAUGCUACGAAUUUCCUUGAUGAGCAUCCAGGAGGCGACGAGGUGAUACUGUCUGAGUCUGGCAAGGAUGGAACUGAGGCGUUCGAGGAUGUCGGCCACUCCGACGAGGCUCGGGCAAUGUUGCCAGGUAUGCUUGUUGGCGAGUUAGAAAAGGGCUCUUUGCCAAACGUGAGAUCAAAUGGGUCUUCUGGAGCGGUGAACAGUGCAGUACAAUCAUCUUCCAAUGUUGCAUAUUUCAUUCCUCUCGCUGGCCUCGUUGCCUACUUCGCAUGGCGGUUCUAUGGGGCAUGA